UGAUUCCAUGGGGUAAAUAAAAAUCCCAAAAAAGGUAAAAUAAAAUAAAAUAAAAAGAUUUCAGUUACAUAAAAAGCCACAACCGUGUUAAGAAGGAAGGAGAAACAAACACAUAAAAAAUAAAGAAUAAAAGAAGACAGAGACGCCUGCUUGAUCGCCGGCGUUCUGUGUCACCCACCCCGUCCACGUCUUUCAUCUCUUUUGUUCUCGAUCAGGAGAAUGCAAAACUAGUCUUAAAGACAAUCCAAAGUUGAGGAAUUGGAGGGAUUCAAUGGAGUCCAACAACCAGCAGCAGCAUCAAGAACUUGUAGCCUCUAAAACGGAUCCUCUCUCCAUUUCUCAAUUGAACAUAUCUUCUUCUUCUUCUUCGCCAUUGCCUCAGGUCAACAUGGCGGAGGAACUUUUAAAGAGUCAUAGACAUUCUCUUUCUCCUAAUGAAGGCCUCCCCUCAAAAGAUGAUGACGACUCUACCGACCCAAACUAUGACACCAUCGAGGGCAACAAUGGACAUUCAGAUCCAACAAGCUUCGAUGCAGAUUUAUGCGAGUACAAGAAAAAAGCCACGAUCAUCGUCGAGGAAUACUUCAGCACCAACGAUGUUGUCUCAGUUGCUAACGAGCUCAAAGAGCUUGGAAUGGCCGAGUACCGUUACUACUUCGUCAAGAAGCUAGUCUCCAUGGCCAUGGACAGGCACGACAAGGAGAAAGAAAUGGCUGCGUUUCUCUUGUCCACCCUCUACGCCGAUGUCAUCGACCCUCCAGAGGUUUACAGAGGCUUCAACAAGCUGGUCACUUCCGCAGACGAUCUCUCCGUAGACAUCCCAGACGCUGUCGAUGUUCUUGCUGUCUUUGUGGCUCGUGCCAUCGUCGACGACAUCCUCCCUCCUGCGUUUCUCAAGAAGCAGAUGAACUUGCUCCCUGAGGACUCCAAAGGCGUGGAGGUUUUGAGGAAGGCUGAGAAGAGCUAUCUAGCGGCUCCGCUUCAUGCUGAAGUCGUUGAGAAGAGAUGGGGAGGGGCUGAUAACUGGACGGCUGAGGACGUGAAAGGGAGGAUCAACGAGCUGUUGAAAGAGUAUGUGAUGAGCGGAGACAAGAAGGAGGCUUUCAGAUGCAUCAAAGGGUUGAAAGUCCCUUUCUUCCAUCACGAGAUUGUCAAAAGAGCGCUGAUCAUGGCCAUGGAGAGGCGCAGGGCGCAAGAGAAGCUGUUAGAGUUGCUGAAAGAAGCGACUGAGGUUGGUUUGAUAAACUCCACUCAGGUGACUAAAGGGUUUAGCAGAAUCAUUGAUUUGAUUGAAGAUUUGUCUCUUGACAUACCUGAGGCGCGUAGUGUGUUACAGUGUUUUAUCUCAAAGGCUGCUUCUGAAGGAUGGUUGUGUGCUUCUUCUCUCAAAACGCUCUCCGCUGAUUCAGGUGAGAAGUUACUUGAAAACUCCAAGGCUAGUGUGUUUAAAGACAAGGUUAAGUCGAUUGUCCGAGAAUAUUUCCUGUCGGGUGACGCUUUGGAGGUUGUGCAUUGUCUUGAAACCGAGCUGGGUGCGUGUUCGAGUCAGCUGCGUGCGAUCUUUGUCAAGUAUCUGAUAACUCUAGCGAUGGAUAGGAAGAAGAGAGAGAAAGAGAUGGCUUGUGUUCUUCUCUCGUCUCUUGACUUCCCUGCCAAAGACGUCAGAAAAGCAUUCUCGAUGCUGAUUGAAUCUGCAGACGACACUGCUUUAGACAACCCGGUGGUGGUUGAAGACCUGGCCAUGUUCUUAGCCAGAGCUGUGGUUGACGAGGUGUUAGCUCCACGUGAUUUGGACGAGCUCUUGAGCCAGCCAGGCUCAAGCGUGGGGGAGAAAGUGAUUCAGACGGCGAAGACGUUGCUGAAAGCGCGUUUGUCCGGUGAAAGGAUCUUGCGUUGCUGGGGAGGAGGAGGGGUUGAAACAAACUCUCCGGGGUGCACUGCGAGCGAAGUGAAGGAGAAGAUUCAGGUGCUUCUUGAAGAGUAUGUAUCUGGUGGAGAGUUGGGAGAAGCUUGUAGGUGCGUGAAGGAGCUUGGGAUGCCGUUUUUCCACCACGAGGUUGUGAAGAAGUCGGUGGUGAGGAUCAUAGAGGAGCAGGAGAAGAAGGAGAGGGUUUGGAAGCUGCUGAAAGUGUGUUUUGAGUCGGGGCUGGUGACGAUAUAUCAGAUGACAAAAGGGUUUAAGAGGGUGGGCGAGUCGGUUGAGGAUCUGUGUUUGGAUGUCCCUGAUGCUUGGGAGAAGUUUAAAAGUUGCGUGGAGAGAGCCAAGGUUGAAGGGUUCUUGGAUGAAUCGUUUGCUUUUGAGGAGGAAGCACAAGGUGUGAAAGACAAGGGCUCGUCUUCGUCUGCAGCAACCUGAAACCUCUUUGACUAGAGAGACGCAAAGUUACAUUUUGAAUCCCUUUUUCUGGUUUUAUAUAUAUACUAAAAGUUUUGGUACUUUGAUGAUGAUCUUACAGAAAGCUUCUCAUCUUAGUGACGUUUUGUUAUAACUUAUUUACUUAUUUUGUUCCUCUUUUAAUUUUAAAGUUGACCUGCUUUUUUUU